CUGAAAAAAGAAUUAUUUUAUAUAAAAAAUUUAUUAUAUUACUUUUGUAGAUGUCGUUGGUUGGAUUGAAAAAGAUGAUCAAAUAGGUUAUACGAACGUAACUGAAGCCGUUCAUAUUGGUGAUCAUUUGGAUAAUAAUACAAUAAUUCAUUCACAUAAUUGUAAUGAAUUUAUUUGUAAAGAUUCAAGUCUUGUAUCUAUACCAGAUAGAAAUUGUAGUAGAGAUUGUCAAUUCGAACCAUGGUCAAAUUGGACAUCGUGUAGUGUAACAUGUGGUGGUGAUGGGAUUCAAACUCGAUCAAGAGGUAAAAUUCCAGCUGUAGGUGACGGAAAAGAUUGCGUUGGUCCAGAAACUGAAAGUCAACCAUGUACAUCACCACCUUGCAUUGGAGCAUGUUUAACAACUGAUUGGACAGAUUUUACACCAUGUUCAAAAUCAUGUGGUUUGGGUUCACAACUGAGAACAAGAAGUUUCAUAUCACAACAACCUAAUUGUACAGAUUCACUUAUUGAAGUUCGUGAUUGUAAUAUUGGAUGUUGUCCAGUUGAUGGUAGUUGGUCACCAUGGUCACAAUGGAGUAAUUGUACAGCUGAUUGUAAUGGUGGUGAACGAACACGUACACGUCAAUGUAAUCAACCGGCACCAGAAUGUAAUGGAGCAUCUUGUGAAGAGCCAUCAACACAAUCUGAAUCAUGUAAUACUCAACCAUGUACAGGUGAUACUUGUACGGAUGGUAAAGUUCUUAGUAAUUGUUCAAAUUCAUGUAAUACUUCAUGUUCAACAUUAACUUGUAAUGAACAAUGUUCCGAACCAGAACUUUGUCAAAUAGGAUGUAUCUGUGCUAAUGGUACAGUAAUGGAUGCUAAUGGAAAUUGUGUCGUACCAUCAACAUGUCAAUGUACAUAUGAAGGUCGAAUACUCUUACCGGGACAGACAAUUAAUGUAGCUGAUAAAUGUCAAGAAUGUACUUGUCAAAAUGGUUGUGUUACAUGUAAAACAGUUCCUUGCGUUGAACAAUGUACAUAUUCUGAUUGGUCACCAUUUGGUGAAUGUUCAGCUCCAUGUAAUGGCACACAAUCUCGUUAUCAAACUUUACAAGGACCUAAUUGUUAUCGAAAUGAUACAAGAAUUGAAACUCGACCAUGUAGUACAGCAACAACCAGUUAUCCAAAAGGUUGUUCAACAUGUACAUGUUUAAAUACAACUGAAGAACAAUGUGUUACCAAUUGUGCUAUUACAAAUGAAACAUGUUCUCAAAUUGAAGAUCCAUUAUUUACAUACACUUAUGCACCACCAACGGACGGUUCAUGUUGUGGUUCAUGUGUUAAAGUUUCCAAACCUGAAAUUUGUUCAGUUCAGCAAUUACCAGCUGAAUUUAUUACUAUUGAUAAUUGUAUAUCAACUGCAUUGAUCCCUCAACAACAAUGUUUAGGUGGUUGUAUAUCAUAUUCAAUGUCUGGUUUUAAUUCUCCACGAAAUAAUUGUCGUUGUUGUUCACCAGCUACAACAUCAACGAUCCUAGUUGAUAUGACAUGUACCGAUCCUAAUGGUGGUAUAACAAUUAUAUCGAAACCUUAUGAAAAUAUUCUCACAUGUAGUUGUUCAGCAUGUGAAAAUACAAUUGGUGGUGAAUAA